UCAGGUUGUCGGUGGUGACUGAGACGCGGGCGGACAGCGCGUGCUCCAGACCCUCGUUCACUCGCGUUGACUGCGGCGGCGGAGCCUCUAUCAUCAUGACUGGCGUCCUGUGGAUUACUUUCGCUGCGUGUUGAAGCGGGAACGAGAGGCACCAUGGCUGAGAGGUUGGAAUGGGUGGAAAUCAUUGAGCCGCGCACUCGGGAGCGCAUGUACGCCAACUUGCUGACGGGCGAGUGCGUUUGGGACGCCCCGGCGGGCGUGCAGAUCAAGCACAGCGGACAGGAUCAGUGGUGGGAGCUUUUCGACUCCAAAACGUCCCGAUUCUAUUAUUAUAAUGCUUCUACCCAGUGCACCGUCUGGCACCGCCCACACAGCUGUGACAUCAUCCCCCUCGCCAAGCUACAGACCCUCAAGCAGAACACCAACACGGCUCCGCCCACCGCCACCACGACCAGUGCCUCCGCCGACAGCAGCCCCGCCCGCAGCGCCAUCAGCACCACGUCAUCACAGGAGCAGGAGGAGAAGACGUCCACCGCCGAGGAGGGAGACAGGUGA